AUGGUAGAAAUACCAAAAACUGCUGGGACCUUGGCGGUGAGGACCACCCCCUUGCAGCCUCCGAUUGUUGCUAUGCAUAUUCAUUCCCUUGCAGGUUCAUCUGCCACGGCCUCUUUUGCUGACCCGGAGCUGGCAGAAUUCGAAGCCAUGGACCUAGAUGCCCAGCUGGACAAGUUGGAAAAGCUCAGCUCCCCUGUAGGCAAGAUAAAGUCCAGGGCAGUGGAAGAGGCAAUGGAGAGACUGAAGAUCUGGCAGUCUACGGAACUGGAGCUGGAUGAGGGCAGGGAGGCCUUUGACCAGCUGAUGAAGGAUCUGGAUCAGCUACAUAGACAGAACAUGGCCCCAAAACCUAUACUUGAGAUGAGCCUUGGCUUGGCAAGGGAUGUGCUCAACCUUCACGACCGUUAUGAGGAUCUGAGGCCCACCUUCAAAACCUCUGAGUUCUGCAAGGCCACUCAUGAAGCCAACUUGGCUGACUUUGCAAAGCAGAAAGCAGAACUGGACCAGAUGGUGGUGGGGUAUAAAGAAGCCAAAGCUACUGCGGACAAAUUGGAGAAACAGAUUGCAGAGCUUCAAAAGCAGCUGGCAGAGCGCCGGGAAGUGCAGCACAGGCUCGGGGCUGGAUUGAGCUCCAAGACCAAGGCCACUUUCCUUGUGCAAAACAUGGUUGCAGCUUCUAGGCCAGCCCUGGAGAUUGCAGAGGCUUCAAUUCAUCAGGGGUGCUGCUCCAAAAAGAACUUUCUAUCAAGAAGACCAAUCUGCAAGAGACUCUCAGAAAAUUAG